AUGCAUCGCACAAUUCUCCUGUGCUCUCUCUUCUCAUCAAUCUCCCUCGCUGCCGCUCUCUCACCAUUGAAUUUCUGGGGCGGCAACACCCCAUCACCCUCGAAUACUCUGGUGAUCCACCUGAAUCAAGACCAAACUGCAAUGAACCCGGGGCCCGUUCAAGGCGGCGCCGAGCCUGGGCAAUUUGGCGACAAUGUUGGCGACAAUGUUGGCGACAAUACCCUUUCCAUCUCUGAUAUCCUCCCGCAAACCCGCAAGAUCAAUAUCUUUGCCUCCCUGACACGCGACAUCUCCACCGUCACCUCCCGCCUAGAAUCCACCAAGCCAGAAGACAAUACAACACUCCUGGCUCCAUUGAACGCUGCGAUGCAAGCUCUUCCUCGCAAACCAUGGGAAGAUCGACCGGGCGAUGAUUCAGGUGUGGAUGCCGGAAGGGACGAAGAUAAAGCAGCCCGAAAUCUGCAGAGAUUCGUCGAAGAGCAUGUUGUUCCCGUGAGUCCGUGGGAGCAGGGCAAAGCGAAUAAAAUCAAGACACUAGGUGGGCAGGAAUUGUGGUGGGAGGAAAAUGAUGAAGGGGACAGGGUUAUCAACCCAGGCAAUUUGAUCGUCGACGGUGUUGUAGGAAGAGUGGGCAAUGGGGAGAUUUGGGCGGUCAAGGGGGUAGUCAAUUAUGCAUGA